AUGGUGAGCGAGGCGAUUCCCAGCGAUGGUGAAGAAAGAUCGCAGCAAGAAGCGGCGGGCGUGGAAGGGGAGGCGUCCUGCAGCUAUAAUCUCGUGAAGAAGAUGAAGAAGCUGGAUCGAGAAUCCCUGAAAACCCCAAUCCCCGGCGGAGAGGAAGAGGAGGACGAUGACGAUCAAUUCAUGGAUCCAGCAUUGUGGGGAUGCCUCCCGGAGGAUCUCCACGACAGAAUCCUGGCCCGGCUCCCAAUCCCCAGCUUCUUCCGGCUCCGCAUCGUCUGCUCGCGCUGGCAAUCCCUCCUCUCCUCCCCGACAUUCCUGGGGCACUGCGCCGCCAAGAAUCACCAAUCCUGGCUCCUGAUGUUCGCGGACGUCCACUACAAGCUCGUCUUCGUCUACAUCCCGGACGAAGAUCGCUGGCUCCAUUUCCCCCUCUCCUUCCUCCCCUCCAACAUCUACUACAUCACCGGCGCCGGCGGAUUGCUGUGCUUCCGCCUCGUCGAGGCAAACGGCGCCUCGAGCAUGUGUGUGUGCAAUCCAAUCACGCGAUCCUGGCGCCGCUUGCCGCCGCUGCUGGGAGAUUUCUACGCGGGGCUCGUCGGCAUGGUCGCCGAGAGCGAGGACCCGAGAACCCUAAAAUCCGGGCGAUACCGCAUUGUCGUACGGACAAAGCCGCCCGGAUCGGACGACUUCGAUUUCACCAACCUGCGUACGGAGGUGUACGAUUCGGCCAGUGGCCACUGGUCAAUUAGUGGCGUACCGGAGGACGACCUCACCAUGGGCAAGGCGGUGUGUAACGGCGUCCUCUAUUUCAUGACGUGGGAGGCGCGAAACGGGGUAUAUGCUUUCCUUGUGGACCAGGGAAUCUGGAUCAACAUUAACGCGCCGUGGCCCUAUUUCUUUACGUGCCCCCAUUUGGUGGAAUGCGCGGGCGCGCUCUUCAUGGUGGGCGGGUUUGGCAAGCAGCACGUUUCCACGGUGGGGAUUAGGGUUUGGCAGCUUAGGGCAGAGGCGAUGGAGUGGGAGCUCAUCGAUUCCAUGCCCAGCCGCCUCUUCGACGAGUUUCUCACCAAGCCGGGAGGGAUGUACUUCGAUUGCGCGGGCAAUGGCGGAUGCGUCUACUUCAUCAAUUACGAGAAGCCGCCGAUGCUCAUCGUGUUUGAUGUGGUGCGGUGCCUGUGGAGGAAGCUGGGAUCGCCAGCGCCCAAUGUGUUGCACAAAAUGUUCCUUUGUUUCUCCUUCACGCCCCAGCUCGGCUGCCCGAUUUGA